GCCACCCCUCUUCCCCCCUCACACCAACACAGAAUGCUCUCACACCAAGAAUUUGUGCCGUCAACACGCGCCUCCGCUCCUGCGGCCCGCAACCCUGUCUCCGGCUCGGCCUACGCCGCGUCCGAGAACAUGCCGGCACUUUCCAACGUCGCACCCAUCCGCCAGCGCGCGCCAAAGUCCAACAACAUUUUCGGCGGCUACGAGGCCCAGACUGCUGCUCCGGCUCGCGCUGCCCGGCCGGCCGCUCGCCCGGCACCGUUUGCCACCUCGCAGGACCAGUCGCAGGCUGAGACCUCCCGUGCCCGCCGCUUCCUCCGUGGCCCGCAGGAUCACGACAUCUUUGGCGCCGGCGAGGCGCCGGUCGCGUCGCCGCCCGCACGCGUUCCGCGUGCCGCGCCCGUCGACUGGGACGCCGAUGCCUACCGUCAGCCUGCCGCGCCGGUCUCGCAUCGCGCUCGCAUGUCGUCCGACAUCUUCCAUCAGGGCGGCGAGCAGUCCGCUCCGGCCGCGUACUCGCCGGCCUCGGCCUACCAGACUGCCUCGCGCGCUGCCUACGGCGCCGAGGCCGCCGAAGACUACGCCGCCCCUCGCGCGGUCGCUGCUGCUCCUGGUCCGCAGCUCUCGUACCGCCCGGUCGACAACGACAUCUUUGGUGCGCCCGCUCCGCAGCGCGUCGUCCGCCGCUCCGCCCCGGCCCCCGCACCCUACGCCACCGGCGCGAGUGCCGCUUGCGCCCCGUCCGCCCGCGAGGCCGCCGGCCAGGCCCGCGACAACAAGGAUCUCGCCCGGACCUACCGCCAGCGCGGCCAGUCGUCGUUCACCCUCUCCGACGGCUCGUGCUAAUCCCCGCAGCCUGCUGCCUCUUAUUUUCUUCUCUCUCCCACAGGGUUUGAGCUCGGCUCCCACCUCGGCACGCCUCUCUCCAGCCCUGCAACACGGCGCCUCUGGCGCAUAAUGUACCUUUGCCGGCUUGCGCGCGCUUCCAUCGCGCACCGGCCACAGCCUCCCGCUACUGUCAACAGCGGUGAGAUAGAGUCCAUCAAGUAGCCAAACGACUGUAGCACCAUG